GCGCGUAGUCUUCCAUGUCUGAUGAUGGCAAUGAGGAACAUUCUACUGCCAUUCUUGCUGUCACCUGAUAGGGGCUUACAGAAAUGAAGGCCAGAGGUGUAAGCGCGUUCUGUGGGGACUGAGCAAAGGCGCGCACUCCCUAUGUCUUGUGGGCUGGUGCAUUUUGCGCGCCUCGGUUCAGUAUGCGAUGGGGAUCUGCUGGACUCGGUGCUGCAGCAUCUUCAGAAGAGAGAGUAGCCGGAUACAGAGAGCUGGCGGCGGAUCAAAGUAUUUUAAAACUACAUCCAGAGACGAGCACUUUACAAUUGAGUUUGAAAACCUUGUUGAAAGUGAUGAGGGAGAAAGUCCUGGCAGUAGUAUAAGACCCUUGAGUGAGGAAGAAGUAUGUGAUCUAAAGGAAAGGCAUUAUGAUUCUAUUACGGCACGACAGAGAGAGAAUGAUAUCAAGAUACAAAAUGAGUUAGCCUUACAAGAGGAGAAGUUAAAACUAGAAGAGGAGGCUUUAUAUGCUGCACAGCGGGAAGCAGCGAGGGCAGCCAAGCAAAGAAAGAUUUUGGAGCAACACAGGUUGCAGUGGAUAAAGCAAAGAGCACUAGCAGCUAAGAAUGGAGAAGAUGCAAGUUCUGUAUCAGAAGAUUUUGAAACCUACUUGCAAAAUUUGAAGUCACAAUAUGGAGCUGUUAGGAGCAGCAGAUUGUCUUCUGAAGCAAACGUAUUGACACCGAACACAGAAAGUAGCUGUGAUUUAACGACAAAAACAAAGUCAACAAGUGGGAAUGAUGAUAACACUUCACUUGACCUUGAGUGGGAGGAUGAAGAAGGAAUGAACAGGAUGAUCCCUAUGAGAGAGCGCUCAAAGACAGAGGAGGACAUCUUACGAGCAGCCUUAAAAUACAGUGGCAAGAAGCCUGGAAGUCACGGAGCCUCUGCUUCUGAUGACUCAAAUGGGCUAGAGUGGGAAAAUGACUUUGUGAGUGCGGAAAUGGAUGACAAUGGGAACCCUGAGUAUGCCGGGUUUGUAAAUCCAGUCACAGAACUGUCUGCUCAGCAUCAGAAUAGGUAAAGACACUCUCUCAUAGAUAUAUUGAUGACCAAAUGGAUGAAGAUUCUUCUCCUUCCCUAUGGAUUACAAUGAAUGUACGCUUUAUUCUUGGAGUCUUCAUUCAAAAGGGGAGCAGCAGGAAAGGGUUAACUGGAAGUUUUUAAAAAGAAUAAGUGCAAUUUUCACUUUUUAAUUUCCUUUUAUUGUGACGGGUCCAUGUAGUUAGUAUUUGCUGCAUUUCUCCAGGAUCACUAAUAAAUGAUCGGCACUAAGUGAAAACUUGAUAUUUCGCUAAACGGUUUGCACUUUUAUUUCUUCUCUCAAGGGAUUGCAUUGUGUGGAAUUGGGUUGUACUGGCUCUAAUGCAUUGUUGUUGCUGCUCAUUUAGAAUAAAACCUAUAAUGGGUGUAAAAUAAC